UAGUCAGGCUUUCAGUCCCGGAGAUACCACUCCUAUAUAUAGAUCCUUCCUAGAUAAAAGAGCUCUACCUCUACCCUUGUGUGAACGGUGGUGUAGUUGGUGUAGUUCUCAAGAUACCUAGAUCCUAGAGCUAUACCUUCAGUAGGACCAGGAUAAUAGUGUGGUCACACUUGUUACAACGUGAAAUGCAUUUAACAAAGUUUUCGUAAUUUCUAUCUAGUUAUUCUGGUAACUGCUGACAGCUAAUCAGUUCUGAAAAUAUGAAUAUACAGGCUUAUAUGCUGUAAGACAGAGAAAGCAGAAGAAGAAAGAAUAUAAGAGAAGGAUUAACCUGCCAGAGAGAAACAUGAAUAAAUAAUUAAUGAUAAUUGAUGAAUUCAUGAUGACUGAUUGACCAAUUAGUGGGAUAAAUAUGGAGGAGAAGGAUUUUUAUGAUUACCAGUAUACAGACUGGGACCUGGAUACUAUAGAUCUACACUUUGUCUCAGUGAACGAUCUGCAGAAGCUCCUGGAGCGUGAUGCCCCUAUUCCUCUAGAGAUCUACCGUGAGACUGCUAGACUAGAUGCACAACUUCAACAACAGCUUCAUCAGAGUCUAGAAACCCUGCUCACACCAGACCUAUCUGAUACAACGACUCUAAAUGUUGAACAAAGUCUUCCAACAGAAUCCGCUCUGUCUGCCACCACAAAUCUUCUAACUUCAGAUCAAAGUGUGCAUUGGCAGGACGCGUUACAAACAGGAUUUUCCAAAUUUACAAAUCCAUCGGAGAAAUCUUUGAUCGCAGAAACUUCAUCUAUCUUCGCCGAUCCUUCCACCUUCUCCGGUCCGUCAACCUUCUUCGAAUCUUCAACAUUAUCUAAAUCUUCAACUUUCUCCGAACCUACAACCAUCUCUGAUCCUUCAACCUUCUCCGAUCGUUCAACCUUCUCCAAUCCUUCAAUCUUCUCCGAUCCAUCAACCUUCUCCGAUCCAUCAACCUUCUCCGAUCAUUCAACCUUCUCCGACCCUAGAAUAUUAUAUGAUCCUUUGACUCUGCCUGAACAAAACAUAUUUACCACGACAAGCUCCAGAGGUUCUACUGUAUUUGCGGAGAAGAAACUAGUCUCUGAAGACGCAUCUGAACCCACCUUAGGAUGGUUUGAAGGAGACACGGUUUUGGGACGGAUCCGAAACCCAGAGCCGGAGAGGGGUCAUGGUUUCGGAUACAUCUUUCUCUCUGAACUCUCUCCUCAUUGGGUCUGGAUAAUUCCAUCUAUUCUUAUUUUCUUUCUUCUGCUCAUCCUAACAAUUAUAUUUGUAACAAGACGAUCUUCAAGGAGACGACAAGAAGAUGAAGAGAAAAGACAACAAUCUCACAACUACCCGAGAUACAGUCCAGGGUUUGAUGAUACUUCAAGGUUUGUAGUUAACCUCAAGCAGGAUCAAAGACAAGACACCAUUAUCCAGCUCCGAGGGGACCCAGAGCUAUCAAGGUAUCUCACUCAUCAAGUUAUUUCUCCGAACCUCUCUCCUGAACAGAAGAGUCCGACAGUUCUCUCAACCUUCUCUCCCUCUAUCCCUCGAAGCCUAAAGGUUGAUAUUAUCAAGGAUGAAACUAAAGAUAAGGAUUCGCAGAAUAGUUCUGAUCUUGAGGAUUCGAACUCGGGUCAGCUUUGCCAAACAUACACGGAGGAAAGGGGAGUCGAGGUUUCUAAUACCCCGGAAGACGACAUUACAGAAACAAGCGGAGUAUUUGACAAGGAUGAAGAGACCAUGGGAGUCCUUGAGAAAGACGAGGAGAUGAAUGGAGUCCUGGUAAGGGACGAGGAGACGAGUGGAGUCAUUGAUAGGGACGAAGGGAUUGAAUCUGAAGAAGGUGAAUAUUUAGAAUGAAAGUUUUAUAUAAAA